AUUGUAUUGGUUUUAUUCAAACAAUCAUAUUUAGUCAAGAAAUAUUAAUCGCCAGGCCAGUGCAUCUGGAGACCUUAAUAAAGAAGUGCAGAAUGACAUUAUCAACAGCAUAAGUUUAUCUCAUAUAACGCUUGCUUAUUUUCAUAAUUUAGAUAAUAACGAGGGAAUGGAGAGAAGUAAAGAGAAAUUGAGAAAUAAUAUAAUUAAUAACAAUGAGGGCGAAGUCCAGGAAGCUUUAAAUGCAGGCUUAGAUCCAAAUUUGGAAGGCGGGUGGCCCAUCAGAUUAGCUGCUCGCUAUGGACUUUAUUCUAUGGUUAAAUUAUUUAUUCUUUAUGGAGCGAAUCCACAUAUUUUAAGUGAAGCAGGGGCAUCGACAUUACAACUUGCCGUUUUUUCCGGUUUACAUUGGGACACUGAAAAUUGGACAUUUUUAUUAUCUUGCUGUGACUCGUCUCAAUUAGCUGACGGUGCAGCCGUAGCUAUAAUUUUUAACAAUGUUCAGGGUUUACUCAAAAUUCUUGACACAGGAAGAUGUAACACAAACAUACCUACAUCCCUAACAGGAAAAACUGUUGAAGAUUUAGCUAAGGGCUACAAACUUCAUUAUCUUUUAAAUUCGCCAGUAAAUAAUAAUCUCCUCCAAGCUUCAGCGAGUCCCAUCUCUCGAAGACCUAGGACUGACGUAAGGAAUGCUAACCACAGUCAUAGAAAUUUAUCUCCGUCAGUUGCCCGUUUCUUUGACUUAACGUCACGUCAGCCAUCAUUAACUCCUCCCCACAGUCCGAGAAGUGUACUAUCUUCAACGAACACAGCCCGAUUAUUAAACUGAUAUAAAUUUAAUUUGGCUCAUAAUCUGACGCGUCUUAAAUGCUUAAGACAACAAUUUUAUAAUGUGUAUAAAUAUUUAAUUAUAACUCUUGACAUGUUUUGGAAAUGGCAUCAGUUUUAAUUCUUUUUUGACAUGUGUAUUUUAAUAAAUAAAUUAUUGACAAGUGUUUCAUAACAUUUAUUGCACUUACAAACAGAUUUUUUAGACUAUGAAAUGGAAUCCGUAAAUAUGUAAUGAAAAUACUGUUUCAGUUGAAAAGAACUUUAAUGGCUUAUUGCUUUCAUUAAUUUAUAUUCCUUUACAUUAAUUCCUCCUUUUCCUUUUUAUCUAUAAUUGCUUAGACAAAGUAGUGUUAGUCAUUAAUAUUUUUUUUUAAAUGAAACAAUAUUUAUCAUAAAAUAUUUUUAAUAAAUUAAAUUUUAUAUGAAUGAUAGGGGUAAUAUGUCCAAAUCCAACUGUCGUAUUUAUCGUUAUAGAAGUUUUACAGUUAAAUAAGAUUCUAGCACAUACUAAAAUUAUAUUAAGUUAGUCAGUGUGGAUUCCUUAAUAGUAUUAGUUUUCUUUGGAAUAACAGGAAAUGUAAAUGUUUAAAUAAAUUGUAAUUCUUA